AAUAAUAUUUUAUUUCAAAAUUUUCGAGAUUCGGACUAAAAUACUUUGUCGAUAAAUUAAUGUAGUUUACCAAAUACUUUGUAAUCAUUCGUGAGUAGGGGAUCUGAUAAUCGACGUUCCUUCACGGAAGAACAAAAACACACGCGGUUGUCGAAGAAACACAGUUGUCCACGAAUAUUUGACACGUGAGUUACCAGCUUACUAAGAGAAUAAAAAGGUGCAGCAUGUACGCGUUGCUGUUGCUCUCGUUGUUUCAAGUCUCUUACGGAUUCACCGGGCGUGGACUUUUUUAUCCCGGUAGAACAGACCUCUUCGAGCUGUCAAUAAUUCAUUUGAAUGAUUUUCACGCCAGAUUCGAACAAACGGGCCCGACUUCUGGGACUUGCCGCGAGGGUCACGAACAGGACUGCGUGGGAGGUAUUGCUAGAGUUUACACAGCAGUCGAUCAACUCGUUAAAGAACGGCCGAAUGCGAUUUUUCUGAAUGCCGGUGAUCAUUUUCAGGGGACACUGUGGUACAACAUUCAUCGUUGGAACGUCACAGCUUUGUUCAUGAACAUGUUGCCGCACGACGUCAUGACGAUCGGCAAUCAUGAAUUCGACAAUAAAAUUGAAGGCCUUGUUCCCUUCCUUGAAAAUGUUAAAGCGCCGGUUGUGGUAACAAAUAUCGAUGAUAGCGAAGAGCCAACUAUCCAGAAUUUAUACAAAAACAGUACAAUCAUUGAGAGAAAUGGUACCAAGAUUGGGGUCAUCGGCGUUAUCUUAUCGACUACUAAUCUGCUCGCGAAUACGGAGAAACUAAAAUUCUUAGACGAGGUGGAGACGGUCAAUGAUGAAGCUCAGCGAUUGAAAAAAAAGGGAGUGGACAUUAUUAUAGUAUUAAGCCACUGCGGAUUAGAUGUAGACAGAAUCAUGGCUGCGAAAUGUCCCUUGAUCGACGUGAUUGUUGGUGGUCAUUCGCAUACGUUCCUUUAUACAGGACCUCCGCCUUCCGUUGAUGCUCCAAUGGACGAAUAUCCUGUAGUCGUGACGCAAAAUGAGACAGGCAGAACGGUUCUCAUCGUCCAAGCAGCUGCUUAUACAAAAUACUUGGGUAAUUUGACGGUAUGGUUUGAUGACCAAGGUGAGGUCGUCGACUGGGAUGGAAACCCACUUCUUUUGGAUCAGUCCAUCGAAGAAGAUCCGGAAAUCCUGGAAGCUCUAAAGCCCUGGAAAAAGGAAGUGGACGCGAAAGCAUCGAGGAAAAUUGGCAGUACGAAAGUCUUCCUCAAUCACAACUGUUAUUCCCAGGAAUGCAACAUGGGAAAUUUUAUAGCAGACGCCAUGGUAAACGCGUUUGUCGAUAAAGCCGAAAAUAAAACUCAUUGGACAUAUGCAGCGGUAGCCUGCUUGAAUUCAGGAGGAAUUCGCACUUCUAUCGAGGAGUCCGAGAUCACCUAUGGUGAUCUGAUGAUGGUCCAGCCUUUUGAAAACACUUGGGACACUCUCGAACUGACUGGAGAAUCCAUUAAGAAACUUCUGGAAACUGAAGAAAUUUUAGUCUGGUCCGGGUUAAAAGUUACGUACAAAAAUAUCAAUAAAAACCGGACUGUGGUCGAUGUUAAAAUCAGAUGCCAGGAUUGCGAAUAUCCGAUAUACAAGGAUUUGGUGCACGAUCAAUGGUACAGACUGGUUGUGCUAAGUUUCUUGAUCUCUGGCGGAGACGGCCAUCACAUUUUCAAGAAUAAUAGUCGUAAUCACAAAAUAGGAGAACGCGAUAUAGAUCAUUUUAUAAAUUACGUGGAAAAAAUGAGUCCUAUAUUGACAGGUAUCGAGAGGCGAAUAACUUUUGUAAAGUCUUAAAACUCGUCUUCUCUUUUUCCCUCAGAUUACAUUUUGCGAUAAAAUUAGGUAUUAAAAUUG